UCCCUUAUCUUUUUAUUAAAAAAUUUUUGAGAAUGUUGAAGAGCCUCUUCUGGGUGAAGCUUCUUGCGGCCGGCAAGGUCGUGGGUGAGGUCGGAGGUGUUGCAUCAGGCCUGGGGAUUAUCCUUCUGUCCAUAGCAAUGUCAAUUGAUUAUGCAUUGCCUAAUUGCACAGUUCAUGAAACUUAUGUUUUGCUUAGCAUUGCUUUGGCCUAUACCGUAUUGUUUGGCAUUAGCUCAUUGUUACUUAUAAUGGGUAUCAAAAAGAAUUGUUAUCAAUUGCUAAUGCCAUGGUUGUGUCUUGCCGGUAUUCUUCUAAUUUCUAUAAUCUUGUGUUUAUUUGCUGGACAAUUAACUGUUAUUGAACCUUUUUUGCCGUUCAUCUGGCUACUUACAGCUUUGCUCUGCUACGUGUACUAUGGAAUUUUCUCACUCUAUAAACGAAUUAAGGCUAUCCAUCAUGAGCGUCUUUUGCAACAAGAAUUUGAAAAUGUUAAGCAGACAAUGAACAGGAUGCAUGGACUCUAUUAUAAUAGACCUUAAAUAGCCGUAGAUAAGCAAGGUGCAUUACUUUGUCUAGAAGUACCUAAUAGUUGAUAAGUAACCAGUAUGCACCUAUACUUAUUUCUUGA